CAUAGACCGGCCGGACCGCGUGCGCAACCAUCCUCCCGAGGCCGGUCAUCUUCUACACCUCCCGUUGUACAUCUCUAGCCCUCUCAUAUAUUCUGUUUUCCGAAAUGGCGCAGUCUACAGCCCACCGUCGUUUGCUCACGGAAUACAAGUCCAUCACCAACAACCCACCGGAUGGCAUCACCGCUGGUCCCGUGUCCGAGGACGACCUCCUGCACUGGGAAUGCCUGAUCCAAGGUCCUGAAGACACGCCGUUUGAGGGCGGCGUCUUCCCAGCCGAGCUCAAAUUCCCUAAAGAUUAUCCCUUAGCCCCGCCAACCAUGAAGUUCCUCACAGAUGUCUGGCAUCCUAAUGUAUAUCCUAGCGGCCUCGUCUGCAUCUCGAUCCUCCAUCCCCCUGGCGAUGACCCGAACCAUUACGAACAAGCGUCCGAGAGAUGGUCGCCCAUCCAGUCGGUCGAGAAGAUCCUCAUCUCGGUAAUGAGUAUGCUUGCCGAGCCGAACGACGAAAGCCCGGCAAAUGUAGAGGCUGCGAAGAUGUGGCGGGAGCGACGAGAGGAAUAUGAGAAUGUGGUGCGAACAAAUGUCCAGCGCAUGUUGGGUUUGUAAUAUCUGUGGGACAGAGAUGGUGGCGAGAAUAAUCAAAAUCGUUAUCGCGAAUACAAUAGACUAGUAUUUCGGUUAUAAUUAGCGUCCCUGUUUUCGUUGCAUUUCUUCAAGCUCCGGCAGGGGCAGUUUACUGCUUUGAAUAUACAGCAUGACAAAACGCACAUCCUUACGACGCUGGCCAGAAACAAAAUACACCUUUAUUGUGGAAUCUAUUUCGAGGUAAUACGCUUCAAAUAUACGGAUCUAGUUUACGAUGCAAUGCAAUACUUUUUUUUUAAAUUCCGUUCUCAGCCUUGAACUUGUCCCAUGCUUCGUUGAGGGUGCUGAAUACCAAGCCAGCAAUCAAUUUGACUUCAGUGUUGGCGUCUUGAGGCAGCUUCAGACGGUGUUAGUAUAUCGUCGUAUUAUGAAGCACGUUGGGUCGCUGGCUACAUACCUUGUCUGGAUGCGUCUUCGCAAUGGCCUUCAUGUAAGAGAUCUUGACCUUAUUGGCCAUAACGAGCUCAUGAAGGCCAACUGUUUUCCACCCGCUGUUCUCCCAGAGCACCUUGUCCAUACUGGAGAUGAGAGCACGGAGGUUAUCACGCUUCCCGUCGCGCCAAGCGCUAAUUCGGGCGUCAACUUUGUCUGUCAGAGCAAACUUCUCGUCAUCUUCCUUGGCAGCUGCCUUAUUUGCUUCACGCAUUCGUGUAACUGCUUCUGAACUCUUUUGAGGUGCCAAGCUGGCCGCUGCGCUUGGUCUCGGCUGAGGUUUGGCAGCUGGCUUUGGCGCAGGCUUAGGUUUGGGAGCUAAUGCGGCUUCGCAUCGCUGUCGGCCCUUGAUCGCUGUAGGUCCUCCAAGACCAGCUUCAACACAAGUCUUCCAAACAGCAGCGGCAUCUGCCCACUUCUCCAUUUGCUCCAAGGCUUCCGCUUUGCGGCUAAGUGCUUUUCCGUACAACUCCCUCAUAUCUCGUUGUUCAGUUUGAUUAUUAUCUCCCACAACGCUAAUGAUUUCGCCAUGCCCGUUGCCAGGGCCAAUGACCUUGAUCGCUUGGUCGGCAUCGCUAACAGCUUGCUUUGGCUCGCCUGUCUUCAGCGCUGUCAAUGCUCGGUUUGUAAGCAGAAUGAUUAUCAGCGGGUGUGUUGGAGGUAGAGAGGAAAUGGAGUUCGAGUAGAGCGUGUGAGCCAUGGCAAAGUCUCCUCUCUUAAAAUGAGCUGUGCCUUCAAGUCUGUUUUUAUUGGAUGCUUGUAGAUCUGAAGUUGAAAUGGCGGGGAUUUGUCGUGUCGGUUGUACUUCUCUAACUGCAAUAGGCUUUGGUGUAGGUUGCUUCCGUGUAGGUUGUUCUGGUUGCGAAGGACGUGCUGGAGCUGUCGGUUGUUGCUUAACACUGGUGUUGAACAAUAGGUCGGGUUCUUCCUUUUUAACUUCUGGCGUCGCUGGUUUGCGCCGUCUAUUUGCGCUAACAUAUGUGGAGAAGUCAUCGUCAUCAUCAUUAAACCUGCUGAGUUUCGAUUUAGCUCCGGACACCAGUGAUGGUGCUGCUGGCUGUUGUUGCCAGCGGGGAGCCGGGCUGUUUCGGCUCUGGCUGGUUGACGAGGCCGCUGGUGACGCGGUGCGAGAUUGAUGGGGGGCCGAUUGAUGGCUAUCGUUUCUGGCAGGCUUCGGUCUUCUGUCACUUUCUAACAGCAUUGCCUCGUUUGUUACAUCUGCGUCUGGUCUCGCUGCCGGUCUCGUACCGUCCAGUUGAGCGUCACGCAUCCAUUUAGGCUGGUUGGGGUUACCUCCGUCACCUUGGAAGUCAGAUACAGCCUGUUGCAUCUUCUUUUGGCCAGAUUUCCAAAGUGAAUUGGCAGUCUUGAAAAGGCUACUGCCUACUGCGGCGGCAGACUUUGCGAAAUCCGGCUCUGCUGUCUGCUGGCUGGAGCGGCCUCCUCGCUCACGUUCAUUACUUUUCCCUUGAGCCUUUGCUUUCGAUUUUCGAUGAGCAUCAUCCAACAGCCAGUUAGCCGCAGCUUGAACAUCAGUUCCAGCUCCACUCUCGAGAAUACCACGUCGAGCAUCCUCUGGGGAGAAUCCAUACGCGACAAGCUGCGCUACAGCCUUGUCAAAUGGAUCGCCGUUUCCAUUUGCAGGUCGCUUUGUUUGCGCUUUGCUUGUCAUUCGGUCGUCAUCCGAGGAUGAGGAAUCGUCUUCAAUUGGCUUGCCAGGCUCUGGUUCUUUACUUUGGAUUCUGUUUUUGCGCACUUCCUCCACUGGCUUACCCAAAUCACCUAGGAAAUCGUCAUCGUCCGCAUUCGUAGUGGGAGCCUUGAACGAAGGCUUCUUUCCGUUCUGUUUUAAUUCGCUGAGGCCAAAAGGAUCGUCGUCGUCGUCAAAUGUGUUUGCUAACUCUUGACUUGCAUUGCCCCAGGCGCUUGGACUUGUAAGGUCCAAAUGGGCCGUAUUCUUUGGUGCCGACCCUUUGGAUUCUGAAGGCGGUGGGAAAUGGCUUGAUUUAUCGACGACGGUAUCUUUGUUGAAUGCGGCAAACAAGUCGUUGUCGUCUUGCAGAACAUCUUUAGAGGGGGACGGUUGUCGCAGCGCGGGGCUCGAUGUUCCAGUCCCAAGACUCUCCCAUUGAAGUCCAGUGCCGAACUGAGCUUCCGUAAGUUUUCUUUUCUCCUCUUCCUUUUUACGUUUCUCUGCUUCAAGCUGAGCUUGCCUCUCAGCUAGCGUUAGCGUCUGUGCGGGUUUCGCUGAUCCAAAGUUGACGAGGUUGCUGAAGCUGUCUUGAGCAGGUUUUGGCGCAGGAGGUUUGGGGAAUUGGCUAUUCGAUCCUUGUACAGACGCUGGGGUGCUGCGACCUGAUGCAGAGCCAAACGGCGACGGCGAUGGUUGUAGGGAUGGGAAUGAUAGGUUCGGGAGCGCUUGAGCAGCCUUGGGCUUCGACGACCAAUCGACGCUGGAUAGGUCGUCCAUGGUUGUCGGAUAUAUUAUAUAUGUAUUGCGCUAUUCUGUUUCGCUAUAUCAUGUCUCGUAUAUCGUAGCGGCGUGGGAUGGAUCGUGUAUCUGUCUUAGGAGCCAACGGUAUCUUCAAC